AUGAAGAGACCAACGGAAGCCACCAGCCGCACCCACGACAUGCUGCCUUCUGACCUUCCUGACUCCUCUAACGAGCAUACGGCUCUGUCCAUAAGCUACUCAGACACUUAUUCCCAACAUCCAGAACCUUACUCUGAUCACCAUAACGGAGUCAGCGAUAACAAAAACCAUAGAUUCAGCAGCAAGAAAACUAGUAGCACAUCUACAGGAUCUGACUCUAUUGCAAACCCAGAUGCCGCUACUGCCGAUCGCUACUUGGUCGAUCGGGUCGAUCUCCCUCCUGUGAACCCUAGCGCGGGUAAAUUUCCCUGCUGCCUGGUCUGGACUCCUCUUCCCGUGAUCGCGUGGCUCGUACCGUUCAUUGGCCACUUAGGGAUUUGCCGGGAGGACGGCACCAUUCUGGACUUCGCAGGGUCUUACUUCGUCUGCGUGGACAACUUCGCGUUUGGAGCUGCUUCGCGAUACCUCCAGUUAGACCCCGCAAAGGCAUGUCUGCCAUCCAACUUGUCAGGGCACAUCUGCAGCAUGCCCUUUUUCCAUGCAGACUAUGGCACAUCUCAAAGCUGGGACCAGGCUUUAGCAGCAACCGUACGGACAUAUCAGCAUGCUUUCUACAACAUUUUCACCUCUAACUGCCAUUCUUUUGUGGCUUGCUGCCUCAACCGGAUGGCUUACAACGGAAGUGCAACUUGGAAUGUGGUGGAGCUUGCUGCGCUUAUGUUUCGACAUGGUAAAUGGGUCAGUAACAGAGCAAUGGUAGGGGCAUUUGCACCUUUCGUGAUAGUGAUGGUUCUUGGGAUCUAUUCGGCAGGGCUCACGUUUGUUAUGUUUUGGUUAGGAUUUUCAGCUCUUUUGGUUGGUUGGUUUCUUAUUGGAACAUAUGGAUUCAAGGGCCUGGCAGUCGCCACUCCCUUACCGCGUUGUGCAUCCCUAUCUUGCGCAGCGACCAGCACAAGCAAGAAUUCGCUGCAGUUAGUCUCUCCCGCUUCCAGCUCGAUUAACGUGUCGCGGGCCUCCGUCGGGCGAUGCAGUUUCACCAUUGGGAGGCAGUCGCGUGGCCUUUCCUUCAGACCUGCGGCUCGACGCGCUGUUAUUCGUUCCCAAGCGACCGCCGAAGAAGCACCCAUAUCAUUUCAGAUCGGUGAAACGAGUCUCUCCAUCCCUUUCUCCGUGGAAAAAGCCAAGGCUCUCGACGCCGCCAUAUCCAACCUCCUGCAAAUCUUCCGGGAGAAGGAGAAGGCCACCCGGCCACAGAGAUGGACCACGAUGGAGUAUCGCCAUAAGGGAGACGUCAAUAACGGGGAUGUUUUCAUUGAGGUAUUUUGCAACCCUAACGCAUACGCGAAUGCGUUUCAGGCUAAGGCGCUGAUUACAGUGAAGGAUGACCGAAUUAAGUUCACUUCGGAAGGUGCUUUGAGCGCCAUUAAGGCGAAUGUAGAUGAGUACUUGAUGCGGAACGCUUGA